AUGAAAAAGAUUUUUGUGCUUUUUUUCCUCGGCAGUCUUCUAUUGGCAGUAACACAAGGGAAUUGUGGAUUGAUCUGUGGUGGUAAGAAUACCAUGGAAUAUAUUAAGGAUCUACUACUUCCUUUGAAGAAUUCAUUUUUUACCAACAGAAGUUCCAAAAUAAAUUCUGCAAUGAGAAAUAUUCCUACAUUCACACUACCACAUACAGGGGAUAAAAUCCCGGCUGUGGCAUUUGGGUCUGGAUCCAAGCACAGAUUGAGGAAAUGGAGUGACCCAAAAUUGUCAAAAGAUACUGUUGAUGAGCCGAUAGUCAAAAUUAUAAUGGAUGCACUUAAAGCAGGCUUUAAUCAUCUUGACACUGCUGAAAGUUAUCUGACAAGAAUUGAGAUCGGAGAAGCGUUAAAACGCUCUGGUGUGGACAGAUCAAAACUUUGGAUAACCGACAAGUACAAUCAGGGCUGGAUAUUAGAUGAUGGCCAAGUUCUUCGUUCUGGUUCACCUUCCGGACCGUAUGAAUCGUUAAAGAAGGGUCUUAAGGUGAUGGGACUCAAGUAUGUGGAUCUGUUUUUGAUUCAUGGUCCGUAUUUCAGCCCUCAAACCUGCGAUAUUACGUUAGAAGAAGCAUGGAAACAGAUGGAGAGAAUUCAAAAAGAAGGUCUUGCUCACAAUAUCGGAGUGUCCAACUUCAAUGCUUCGAGAUUAAAGAAACUUUAUGAGAUAGCCGAUGUCAAGCCGCAGGUCGACCAGGUUGAAUAUCAUCUCUAUGAGCAAGAGCCAGAUCUCAUAGAGUUUUGCAAAGACCACGAUAUAUUUGUUGAAGCUUACACACCACUAACGCCGAUGUUUGCCUCAAAAGUUGGUGAGAAUAGACCUUUGAAUCCAAUAAUAGACAAGCUGUGUCACAAGUAUCAUGUGGAGCCAAAUCAGCUUCUUCUCCGCUGGGUGUACCAAUCUGGAGUUUUGCCAAUCACUACAUCUUCUAAGUUGAGUAGAAUGACCGAGACAUUCAAGAUUUUCGACUUUGAACUAGAAAAAGCCGACUUUGAUCUUCUUCAGAAGGUUGGAAAAUCAUUCCAUUACAGACACUACUUCCAUAAUAUCUUCGAAAACGACCAUUAG